UUUCGGAGCAAGGGGCAGUGGCUGGUGCGGUUUGUAAGCAACGGUGUGGCUGGGUUAAUUGAGUGUCGUGGACGACCAAAAGUCUCAGCAAUCCAUAUAUUUCGAAGGGUAAUAAUUGAGGCAGUCACCACCUACUCAACAGUAUAACAUCAUCAUAGAUUAUUCAAGCCGUUUCCAUGGCGCCUCUGAAAACUCUGAGAAGAGUUAUAAGAGCGACACUACCCCGAUUUCAUCGCAUGCUCCUUUCCGCUUACCCCCCGAGAACCUCCAAACCUCCCCAUCACGGUAACUCAGAUCAAUAUGGCGACACUCUCUUUUCUUAUACCUCUGGGCGCUGGCUAUGGGACGAGGCAGCCCAGCUUCGUAAACGGUACCAGCCCUUCAAUGUCGAGGAACUCAAACAAACAGCGGCCAGAUCAGUUAAUGCGGAAUUCUGCGUCAAAAUAACGAAAUUACCCGAAGGCUCAUACAACAAAGCCUUUCUAUUGACAAUGGAUAAUGACGUCCAGGUCGUUGCGAAAAUCCCCAAUCCUUACAUCCCUCAGAAAUUUGUUACCGCCAGUGAAGUUGCCACGCUUGACUUUCUUCGUAACGAACUAGGUAUACCUGUCCCGCGAGUCUUUGCUUGGAGCAGCAAGAAAGACCAGCCUGUGGGAGUCGAAUACAUCAUCAUGGAAAAAGCUGCUGGCAAUGAGUUGAGCAAAAGUUGGCCCACUAUGGAUAUAUCGGAUAAGGUGGAUAUUGUGUCUCAGUUGGCCAAUAUUCAAGCCAAAAUAGCCGCUGUCGACUUCGGUGGUUAUGGAAGCUUGUUCUAUAGAGGAGAUAUUGAGGGUGGCAUUGAUGUCCCUGGAAUAGCUGAUCAGUUUUGCAUCGGUCCCAGCUGUGAUAUACGAUUUUGGGAAGAGGAGAGGAAAUUCAUGAACGCUUUUAGGGGCCCUUGGUCGUCGUCUGAGGCGUAUGCGAUAGAUAUCGCCAGGCGAGAGAAAGAAUGGAUUACCCGGUUUGCUAAUCCUCGUCAUCCGGCAGACCCCUUGAGACAGUCAGAUAGCCAAGAGUCUCCUGGUUGUCACAUUAAACUCCUCGACAAGUAUCUGGAAGUUGUGCCUCAUUUGAUACCAUCACAUCCAGGUCAAAAUCAGUCUGUGCUUUGGCACUCUGAUUUACACUUUGGGAAUAUAUUUGUAAAGGAAAAUCAGAUUGUCAGCAUCAUUGAUUGGCAGGGCUGCUCAAGUCUUCCCGUUUUUCACGCCUGCAGGUUACCGAAAUUCCUGAAAAUUCAUGGGCCCUUGCUCUUCGACCUUCCGCCAGCCACGGGCCUCACGCCACAAGAAAAAGAGGAAAAUUUACGGAGAUACCAGCUUACACAACUACAGAGGCUCUAUAUUUCCAAAUUCUGCGAAAUCAACAAUGACGUCUUCUCUGCUCUGUCGUUUCCUCAAGCUUUAACGCGACAGCAGCUCAUCGAUUUUUCAGGGUACACAUGGGAUGACGAUGGAUUGUUUUUGUUUCGAGAGAUGAUGAUUCGAACAUGGCGCGAAUGGAUGGAAUUAACUGGCCAGCCACAGUCCUCUUGUCCUGUGACAUUCGGUGCGGAUGAGCUUGCGUCUCAUGUUGCCGAAGGGAAGAGCUGGGAAGAUCGCAGGGAGCUUUUCGGUGCCCUUGGAGUCCCCAUUGACGGCUGGGUACAUCUUGAAGAUUUCGAGGCAAAAGUGGAAACAAUGCGUAAUCUAGUGAGUUCGGUCCUAGACGCCACGGAUGACAAGGAUGGCGUAAAAGACGCACUAAGAGCUUGGAAACUGUCGGAGUCGGGGCCUGCAAGCCUAUCGGGUAAUCUGAUGGAUAUCUAGAGGGCGUUUCCUGAAGUGCAACCCUGUAGAAUAUUGUCCUCUUCAUGCUAUACACUGGUCAUGCGAGUUACCCCGCACCAUGCCCAGCUAUCAGGUGAUGUAGGCAAUUUUCAGUCAGACUUACUAUAAAGGUGCCUCCCGUGGCACUUUAGAACUGUUGCAGCCAGGUCUUGUUGCUAUCUGAUUGUCAAACCCCAAACCCGUAAGUCUACAACUAAUAGACGUUGUUAGCAUUGGCUCUGAACCUUACAGGAAGUCCAUUCCAAUAUCAUGUC